CUAUGAACUCUCCCACUCGACAUACUAAUACCCUGUCACUGGUAGGCUUCGUGACCCCUCCAGAAAAUACAGGGAAUUCCCAGUAUUAAACAAUCCCAACCGACAGUGGCCAUCCAGAAAGCUAGUGAAGCAUCCACGGUGGCUAUCAACCGACCUUCGUGAUGGCAAUCAAUCUCUUUCCCAGGUAUCCUGCCUCUCCAUCCCUGUAUGACCGUACUAACCCUCCCAGCCCAUGAACAUCGAGCAGAAGCUCCGAUAUUUCCAACUCCUCAUCCAAGCCGGAUACAAAGAAAUCGAGGCCUGUUACCCAUCCGCCUCGCAAACCGAGUUCGACUUUGCACGUUGCCUCAUCGAAACGCCCUCCCUGGUGCCAGAUGACGUAUGGUUGCAGCUAAUGUCCCCCUGUCGGGAAGACCUCAUCCGCCGUACCAUCCAGGCCGCGACGGGUGCCAAAAAAGCCAUCAUCCAUAUCUACGUAGCCAUAUCCCCCUGCUUCCAACAACAAGUCCUCCACAUGAGCCCCGAAGAAACCCUACACCUAGCCGUCAAAUGCACACAGCUAGUCCGCAGUCUCACCAUCGACUCCCCAUCCCCAGAAGCCCGCCAAACAGAAUGGAUGCUUCAAUUCACCCCGGAAACCUUCCAAGACUCAUCCAUGGAAUUCGCCAUCAAGAUCUGCGAAGCCGUCAAAGCCGCCUGGGCCCCCACAACCGAAAAACCCAUCAUCUUCAACCUCCCCGCCACCGUCGAGAUGGCAAUGCCCAAUGUCUUCGCCGACCAGAUCGAGUUCUUCAGUACCCACAUCACAGACCGCAACAAGGUCUGCAUAUCCAUACAUCCCCACAACGACCGAGGUUGUGCCGUAGCAGCCUCCGAACUGGCCCAGCUCGCCGGCGCCGAUCGCGUCGAGGGUUGUCUCUUCGGCAACGGGGAACGCACCGGCAACGUCGAUUUAGUAACACUAGCUCUGAACUUAUACUUGCAGGGAAUCGACCCGGGAGUGUACUUCGAUAACAUGACCGAAGUGGUCUCUCUCGUCGAAGACUGUACCCAAUUCCCCGUGCACGCUCGAGCCCCGUACGCCGGACGUCUAGCCUUUUGUACCUUUGCCGGUCCGCACCAAGACGCCAUCGUGAAGGGACACGAGUGGCGCGACACACAGGGAAUCCCAAACGACCAUGCAUGGGGGAUCCCGUAUCUUCCCAUCGACCCGGCGGAUCUCGGUCGCGAGCACGAGGCAAUUAUCCGCGUCACAGCGCAGAGCGGUAAAGCCGGGAGUGCGUGGGUCAUCAAACAGACUCUGGGACUGGAGAUACCUCGCGCAUUAAGCGUCCAAUUCGCCAGUCUAGUGACUUCCCACGCGGAUACGCACGGGGGAGAACUAGACGAAGCUGAAAUCACCCGUCUCUUCCAACAGGAAUACAUAGAGCCACGGGCUGACCAGGAACGCAUCUGGGAUUAUCGCAGCAGUGUCCGUGAAAAUGGCAUUGGUGUCAGGGCCCUUGUGCAGGUAGAUCCAUGGGCACGAUGGGUAGAGGGAUCAGGGAUGGAUCUGGCGUCUGCUUUGACUGAAUUGCUGCGUCAGGGAGGGCUGGAUGUUCGGGUCCGAGAAGCGCUUGUUCAGAAUAGAGGGGAGAAGGAGUCUGCGGCUUUUGUUGCGGUCGAGCCGACUGGUGGUGUCGUGCUGUGGGGGGUUGGAUUGGGCUUGAAGGCCGAUGAGGCUAUGUCUGUUGCGGUGAGUUGA